AUGAGAAAUCAAACAACAAUAAGAACCUUCAUUUUAUUGGGACUGACGGAUGAUAUUUCACUACAAAUUCUGCUUUUUAUCUUUCUGUUUGUUUCUUACAUGUUGAGUGCAUCUGGAAACUUAACUAUCAUCACCCUCACUCUGAUUGACUCCCGCCUUAAAACACCUAUGUAUCUUUUUCUCCAAAAUUUCUCCUUCUUAGAAAUUUCAUUCACAACUGCUUGCAUUCCCCGAUUCUUGUACAGCAUAUUAUCUGGGGACAAGUCCAUUACCUAUGAAGCUUGUGCCACUCAACUGUUGUUUACAGACCUCUUUGCAGUAACGGAAUUUUUCCUUCUGGCCACCAUGUCCUAUGAUCGCUAUGUCGCUAUCUGUAAACCUUUGCAUUAUAUGACCAUCAUGAACAGCAGAGUCUGCAAUAACGCUAUCGUUUUCUGUUGGGUGGCAGCACUAAUCGUCAUUCUCCCACCAAUUAGUUUGGGUUUGGGCCUGGAAUUCUGUAACUCUAAUAUCAUUGAUCAUUUUUGCUGUGAUGCAUCUCCUAUCCUGAAGAUAUCAUGCUCGGACACCUGGCUGAUAGAACAGAUGGUGAUAGUGUGUGCUGUGUUGACAUUCAUCAUCACCCUCAUGUGUGUGGUUCUCUCAUACAGUUACAUCAUUAGAACCAUUCUAAGAAUCCCCUCUGCCCAGCAAAGGAAAAAGGCCUUUUCCACUUGUUCUUCCCACAUGAUUGUUGUUUCCAUUGCUUACGGGAGCUGCAUCUUCAUUUAUGUCAAACCUUCAGCCAAGGAUGAAGUGGCUAUUAAUAAAGGGAUUUCACUCCUUAUUACUUCUAUUUCACCCAUGCUGAAUCCCUUUAUUUACACGCUAAGAAACAAACAAGUGAAGCAAGCUUUCAAUGCCUCAGUUAAAAAAAUUGCAUUUCUAUCAAAGAUGUAA